ACUUGGCCACGGCACUUUAAACUUUACCCCCCGCCUUGUCUUUCCACCUCCACGUUCCUCCUCAAAUCCAGUCACCAUAGGGACUCUUGUCGAUACCCACGAACACCCCUUCUCGGACGAAUCGAAAGACCGAAACCUACCUGCUGCUUUCCGAGUAACUCACUGGUCCGGAUCCAACAUGGCGGCCACCGUCGCCUCGUCACACUCAUUUGGCGGUGGGCUACAUCCACUGCAGGCAAAGGGGUUACUUGCAGCAGCCCAGCAGCGCCAACAACAGCAGCAGGCGCAAUCGCAACCGCAGCUUCAUCCCUGCAUGCUUUGGCAGCACAACUCUUACCAGAACCAUCAACGCCGAAAUGACCCAUCACAAACGCAACAGAAUAAUACUGGUGGUGGGUUCGAGAUGGCUACGCGCAAGCCCCAGCUAAGCGACUUUCAUCGCAUAAGGACAUUAGGAACUGGCACCUUUGCUCGUGUGGUGCUCGUCCGACCAGCCAAUGGCACCGAUAUUGACCGUCAAAAGGUUUACGCAUUGAAGAUUCUAAGAAAGACGGAAGUGAUCAGACUAAAACAGAUCGACCAUGUGCGCCACGAGCGACAGAUCCUCAAGGAUGUAACAGGCCACCCGUUCAUCACCAGUCUCCAAGCCUCCUUUGCCGACCGCGACUUCCUCUACCUUUUGCUCGACUACAUUCCCGGCGGAGAGCUGUUCACAUACCUGCGCAAACACCGACGGUUCGACGAGGAGAUGGCCCGCUUCUACGCGGCCGAGAUCGUGCUCGUGCUCGAGUACCUCCACGAAAAGCAGGGCGGAAUAGCUUACCGGGAUAUGAAGCCAGAGAAUGUGCUGUUGGACGCGGACGGGCACAUCAAGCUGGUCGACUUUGGUUUUGCCAAGCGGAUGGGGUACAAGGACGAUGAGCACCCGGUCGAGACCUACACCCUUUGUGGCACUCCAGAGUACCUGGCGCCUGAGGUCAUCCAGAACAAGGGCCACACGACAGCGGUGGACUGGUGGGCGUUGGGGAUCCUGAUAUACGAAUUCCUGACGGGCUAUCCCCCGUUUUACCACAACAAUCCCCUAGAGAUUUACAGACAAAUCGUAGAAAAGCCGGUCCUAUUCCCCGCCACACCAGCAAUCAGCGAAGAGGCCAAGGACAUCAUCCGGUCCUUCUGCACAGUCGACCGGUCCAUGCGACUCGGCAACAUGAGCGGUGGCGCGGCAAGAGUGAAGGCGCACCCAUGGUUCAAGGGCGUCGACUGGGAGGCCGUGGAGCAAAAACGCCACAAGGGUCCCAUCAUCCCUCACCUAAGCCACCCCGGCGAUGCUUCGUGCUUCGAUGUGUAUCCCGAGCAGGACGUCAACAACGAGGCGUAUACGGAUGAGAUGUUUGCGAAGUACGAAAAGUAUUUUGAGGACUUUUAGUGAAAGGGCCUCGGUUGUCUGCGGGAAGGGGUUCAAGCGCCCAAGUAUUUUGGGUCUCAAGCGGUUUUUGGUGAGGAGAUUU